CAGUAACGUGACUUGUAAGAGCAAGAGCAUAAAAAUAUAAAAACGUUUUACCUUGUCUUUCUAAUUUUAUCAGGAUUUCAUUCUUCAUAAAAAAGUGGGUAAAUUAUAGUAGCUUCCACGCACUGCUACCGCGCUUAGCACCUUUUUCUUAAGUGAUUUGAACGUUUUUAACAUCAAUCAACAAAUUUCAGUUAACAACAGCUGUGCUUAGAUAUAGCGUGGGAUUGGAAGCGUAUCACAAAUUCUGUAAUAGUUUGUCAAUACUACGUGAGAAGAAAUCAAAUUGCAAUAUUCAAAUAGAAAUUGAAUACAGGCAACUGACAAAACGAUUGUUUUAUUGUUUGUUCGUCCAUGUCAAUAGUGUAUGAGCAAUUUACAAACUGGGAGGGUCAUAUUGAAGCUUUUCUUAGCCAAUUAUAUACUUUUAAUAAAAUGGCAGACAUUGAUAAAUAAUAAUUUAUUCAUACUUUAUUUCAAAAAAAAUUCUGAGGACCUAAGUGGUAACUAAAGAAAAAUAAGGGGAGAUAAACAAAAAAUUAGAACCAAAAAAGAUAAUUUAAACAAACGAAGGAGAAAACAAGAGAAGGAGAGUCUUUCUUAAUCCAAACAUUUAUAACAAAUGACAAAUAUACACUUUUUCUUUAAUGAAUUCUUUAAUAAAUUCUCAUGAGGCACGACAGUCAGCUUUCAAAAUGUGUGAGUUUUAAUUGUUUCUGAGAGCUAAUGUAAUGUUGAACUCAUUUAAUUGUCGAGUUCAUUUAUUUGUCGACUUGUUACAUGUAUUUUCGAAUAAAUUUCGGAGGUUUAACUACUUCUAUGUCAAUUCAUAUUUCGAUGUCAAAUACUAAAUCACUGGCAAGAAAGGGUCUGAACACACUCCCCACAACAAGAUGGUAAAUGCUAUUCAGUUAUCCUUAUUCGUAAACGCUUUACAAGCGGACACACAAUAAUAUUCAAUAAGCAAACUGUCGCAUGUCGUGCUGUUGUCACAAGUGUCCUGUAAUGAAAACACCUCUUUAUUUUAUUGGAUUUGCUCUGCCGAUUUCUGUUUGAAUUUGCUUUGUUAAUUUUUCAACAAAGUUUCUCUAGAACUGAAUUGUAAUUAUCAAAGUAUCAUCAAAUAUAGUACCUGGGUUCCAAUUAUAUAGCCUCGGGGUAACCCUGACUCUUUAUUGCGCGAAUUUGGAGUCAUAGUAAAAUCAAAUACUGAUGAUAUUUUCCUUGAAUAGCAGAGCAAGACAUUGCUAAAGUAUAUAACUAAUAUAUGUGAACAGUAUUUGUUGUAUCUCCUGAGUUAUGGCCCCUCAUCCUCUGAGUUAUUGCCACUCUUUCGCGUUCAGUUUGACCAGUUGAAACCAGAAAACUGUCAACCUGACAGUGUGCGCGAAACUGUGCUUUUGUGCCAAGGCGAAUCCAACAUCCUUAACUUGCAACAAUAAUACAAGUGCGUUCUGGCUUACGCAGAUAAUUUUUCAAAUAUGUGCGAAGGUGGGUGUUGCGUUAAGAUAAAACAACUCUUAUCUUAAUUAUUUGCCGUUGUCAUCAGGCAUUUUGCAACAUUUAGCCUUGAAUGUUUGUGCAUUAUUAAAAUAUUUAGAUUUUCUUUUCAUUGGUAUGCCGUUCGAAUGAAAACAGUUUUGUGAUGGCUGAAUGUAUACAUACAUACUUAUGCAUAUGUGUCUGACAAAAAGGUCAGAGUAUUUUUAAGAAUUUUAGAAUCUUUAUUCGGAAGUUCCUACAUUUGUCAACGUUCUUGAUAAAUGUUUACCUUUAAAGAAGUUACUAAGAUUUCUAACAUUUUAUGUGAGGCAGCAGAUAUUAUCCACAUUCCUCUGUUGAAGCAUAUGCAUUCUGCCAACAUUUUAACCAACAUGCACUAUCUAGAAUGAGUAUCCCGGUCUCAAAGUUAGCGAUUUUUGUCUUUCAACAUUCGAAAUAUCUAUAAAAUGCUUCUAUGAACGCAAUAUACUGUGUACCAACUUUAGUAGUCAUGCCACCGUAACAAUUUUACCUUUUAUAUACCUAAUAUUUUCUUUAUAUUUCACAAAGUGAGUAAUAAAACAUGUAAUGAACUAAAAUUGGCUAAAUCACGCAUUUACACUUAUGCUUAAAGCUUCGGAGAGCAUCUGUGUUAUAUGACGUUAUCUCACAAAGGAGGAGCCUACCAACAAGUAUUAGGUCAUCUUCGUAUGGUCAAUAGAUUUAUAAAAGACGCAACAGUUUGUAAAAAAUGAACUGGUUUGGAAAGUGUGAGUAUUUAAUAAAUCCUUUAAUUAAGGACCUUUUUUCUUAUUUGGUGUUCCGAAAAAAAACAAUAUUCAAAAUUUGAAUAACUACGAAGUUAUUUUGAGCUUUUGUUAUUAAAUUCAAGUAAAUCAAUGAUUAUUAUUAUUGAUUUUUGGAAUUAUUCUUUGUGUGAGUUAUUUCUGAUCGAUACGUUAAGUGGAAACUUCGAAAUUGAUUAAAAUGUCAAUUCCUUAUGGCUUUAGAUUUAGAGCAAAUGCAAAAUAUCUUCCGUUUAGGUUGGGUUACAAUAUUUUUAACCUCAUCCAUUUUCAGAAUUUCACAAAGAUAAAUUGCAUAACCUUUUUAAUGAAAUCGUGCCAUCUAAAAUAUUGUUGUAUUUCACACUAUAGACAUACAUGUAGAUACAUAACCUGAUCUCGAUUUGUGAUAUCUGCAAUGUGGGUGAUGCUUUUACGGAGACCAUCGCAGGUGUAUGUAUGUAUGUUUAAUUUUUAUUUGUUUUUUGUUUCGUUUGGUUGUGUCGGUUAUAGCUUGAAUUUGUUGAACGCAUCUUUGCUGUUAUGUAACAGUAAGAGGCACAAGACAGUGAGACGUGUUAUACACAUGUUAUUAAAAUAGUACACAAAAUAAUUAAAGCAACUUAAAAUGGUACCGCACCAAAAACUUCUUCACGGAUAUGUAAACUAACUUUACUUUUUAUUAAUUCAAUAAUCAUUAGUGGUAAUAUUUUCAUUACCGGUUUUGCUUUAUAGAACUACUAACGUGAUUUUCUUCAUCAGCAUUGGAAUCAAAUUCAAGUUAUACGUAGUUUAUAAUUUUAAUUAUUUAACAAAUUUGGUGUUGUAGUGCUGUUUACGAUUUUUAUUCGACUUUAAUUUAACAUUCACGUAAAAGUUAAACACUGUAGAGUUCUCUUAUGUUAAACCCUUUACAGAAUGAAAAUUGUAGUGAAAUAUCUACAGCAUAACGUACGCUAGGAGUAUUUUGGUUUUCCUUCUCACUGUCAAUGAACUAAAAUUCCAGAUAUACUCGUUCAGUGCUAACAGCUUUGAAAAGAGUAUAAAAUGCGGGCACCAGUGAAGCUACAGUUGAAUAUUAUUAUCAGUCAACGAGGAGAAUCUCGCGUUUAUACAUCGUUGCGCGCGUUAAUACACAGUCCUUGUCAUAUCGAAAUAUUUAAACAGAAGAUUGUGAUAGCAACUAGCUGUUGUGUACGUGCGAAAAUACUAAUUUAUAAUUCGCUUGUUUUGGGGUUGCUCAUACGACACGUUGGUCCGGACGACCGAUAGAAACGUAGUCCACGUUCGAAAUGAGAAUAGAGGAAGCAAUUAAUGUAAAUAUAACAUCAUACAUAGUAUGAACUAAGCGUAUUAAUUAAUUAAAGUCCCCUAAUCGAAGAGAAAAAAUAUUGCCGAUUAUUUUAUUCGAUCAUAGUUUGCAGCGUUAUUAGAUUUUACGCGUACUGAACUUAGAACCUAAAACAGUUAACAUAACUAGCUACUGAAAAAACGUAAAAGAUUAAUCUGAAAUGUGUACAUUUAUACAUAUGUAGUUGUAUUAAUUAUUUUAUUAUACAAUACUAAAAAAAUUUUUGAUACAAUUUCCAUUAAGCACCCGAAAGAAAGCCAAUUAGAGAAUGUUAUUUUCAAAAACAUUUGAAAUUAUAAUUUUCAAAAAAAAACAAUGAAAAUAUAAACAGAUUAUUGCAUAGUAUACUAGUAGGAUCAACAACGCUUCCACAUACACAAAUAAAUUUGCUUUCAGUUGACUUCAGCGGUAGAGAUACGCUUCAAUAAAUAAUUAAGCAUAACUUUCGGAAGAAAUGAAGUGGACCACAUACUAAACUAUAUGAAUGAAACAUUUCAAAUCAAAGUGAAUGAAUUUAAAGAAUUAAAAAAUUCAGUCAAAUUAAUUAUUAAAUAAUAGCAUCAAUUCCAAUUUUCACAAAGUUCGCGAAAUCAGCAACGAACAAGUUUAAUAGUGUAAACUCAUACAACUCUCCAUUGUCAUUUUUCAAGGUUUCUAGACCAAGUUUUGAAGGUACACAGUCAAAGUGCAGUCAAACAAAACAAAUAAUAUGCACACUUUCACCAUUAUGUCAAUAACCAAGCAACGAAAUGUAAAGUGUAAUCAGAAUAAGUUAAUUUGUGAUGAAGAAGUAUAUGAAAGUGGAAAUAUUACACAUUCCCCUAAGAGUUUCUGAAUUUCCCUGGAAAAUAUAUAAAUGUACAAAUGUGGUGUAUAAAUACAGCAGCAGACAUUGAUUACUCCAUGUUUCCGCAUAACCAAUAUAAAGUUUUAAUUGUCUUGAAAAAUAUGAAUAUUUCCAACUGGUUGAUUCUAUUCGGUGUUUUAACAACCAUUCCAGGUUCGACGUUGAAUGUUAUGGAGAGAGUAGCAGUGACGUCUACCAAAGCCGUGACAGAUAUGACAAUACCAUUGGUGUUAAAAACAGUAGUAUCAGCUACUAUGCAAAUAAAUACAGAGGCUGAUAAUUUGAAAACAUAUCGAACAAAUAAAGAAAGUUCUAUGCAAACGAGUUUCGACUCACUAAAUUUGGAGAAAUCGACGAUAGUGCCGACACUACCGAAUCAACUGAGUUGGGAUAUAAUACUUAAAACUAAGAACCAACAUGCAAAAGAGAAAUAUUCCAUUCAAGAUGUCCAAGGAAACUUAAAUAAAACAUCUGAGGAUGCUGAGUUGUCCACUAUGAGAUCUAUAAAAACAACUACGGCAUCAGCAAAAGCCAAAUUAUUAAGAGAAAACUCAACGCAAUCAAUAACGAAAGUUGAGGUGGUAACAAAGCGAACAAAAGGAGUAUUGAAUGUGACAGGGAUAACUAGUAUGAGUGUUGGGCGAAAAUAUUCAGAAGGAACUACCAAAACAGGGGUAAGUGUCCCAUCGGCUCGGUCAUCUACCAUUAUCACACCGCAACAAGAGAUACAAUUAUUUUCAAUAACUGGUACAAAUCAGAAAUACGCACAUCAGAAUCAGCAAAACAUGACUAGUGGUCAAUACCCCUCCAGAGAGCACGACAUUGACAAUAUCAAAUGUAAUUACCAUUACGACUACAAUAAGAAGUAUUUGAUGAAAAAAGAUGAUCACAACAACGGUAUUGUAGAUGAACGUGACAGUAGACAUAUUUGUAGUAAUAAUCAACGUCACACUACUCUUUAUGUGCGAUCUGAGGCUCAGAGAGAAAACCGGCACCGCAAUGACUACGACUUAAAUAAUAGCAAUAUGCCGAUGAAACAGCAAAAACAGUCGAUGAGAAAAUUACGUCAACAACGAACUCGUCAAGUACGGCAGCAACAAUUUAAUUUAACAACAAUCGCACCUAUUAGAGUGCAGGAAGUGAUGCCACAGACCGAAAACUACGAGCAUUUGAUCGACAAAGAUACCAACAUAAGACGGUUCACAACGUUUUCGAACCAAAUAGUACACAGUAAAACUAAUGCAUCGCGAAGUUCGAACGCUCUACUGACACUUUUAACAACUACCUAUAUGCCUUAUCCGGACACAACAAUGGAAGUAGGAAAAACAGCUGUUGGGCAGAAAGUUGUAAACAUCACAACAAUUGAGUCGUCGAUUCCAACGGUAUCACUAAAAACAAUGAAAUCCACGACGAAGCGACCACUACAUACAACUACACAACUGCCAACCCCUUUAAUCGACGACUACCGGUCGGUGAUUAGUCAGGCAGGUACACAUGCCUAUCUCCCGUGUAAUGUGAAGCAGAUUGUGAAAAACCCGAUAUCCUGGUUACGAGUUCGCGAUGGACACAUUUUAACAGUCGAUCAAACGACUUUCAUUUCUGACCAGAGAUUUCAGCCAAUUUUCACACCGAAUCCUGAACGUUGGUCACUACAAAUCAAAUAUGUUCAACUUAAAGAUGAAGGUACUUACGAAUGCCAGGUAUCUACAGAACCAAAGUCGAGUGCCAUCGUCUCACUUAGAGUAGUGGAACCGAAAACGGAAUUAAUUGGGGAGUCCACCCAACAUGUCACAACUGGCAGUGAAGUGAAACUACGUUGCAUUAUUACUCAGGCACUGGACCCGCCAGUUUUUAUUAAUUGGUUCCAUAAUCAGAAGCAGAUUUAUUUGCAUAGCCGGAGGGGAUGGCGCACGGAAAUCGAACGCGUCGAAUUACCUAUAUCUGAUUUCUCAACGACUUCAGAUAUAACAACCUCAACAAAGAGUACACCCACAAUAACAACGACAGCAACAAUGAAUAAUGUAGAAAGUACAACAACAAUUAAUCCGCCAACAGGAUCUGCUACAGUCUCUUCAGCAAAUGCCACAACAACAGUUGAUGACACUUCUAUCGACUUUGGAACUGCGGGAAAAAACACGCCGGUAGUUCACGCGACAACUAGAGACGGAGAAUCGGCAACCAAUUUACCACUCUCUAGAUUAGGGACAGACGUCGUGGACGAUUUAUUGGAUAACCACGAUAGGUUUGAAUUUGGCACUGGCAACUUUGGCAACGCCACUUUCUCACAGCUCCCCACCACGGCGGCGGCAGUGGUCACCAUAUCAACACCAGUGCCAACCAAAGUAAGCACUACUCAUUGUCCGCCAACUACAUUGACAAUAACGACAACGAGUACACUAUUGGCAGCAGUGGAGGUACGACAAGUAACGACUGCAUCUUUAAUAAUACCAUCGGUGAAGAAAAAAGACUCUGGCAAUUACACCUGCAGCCCAUCCAACAGUGCUCCUAAAACAGUUGUUCUUCACGUUCUCAAUGUUAAUAUAAAAAGUAUGUACAUAUGUACUCUAUUGGUGAUAUAGUAAACGCUAAAGCGCUGCAAAAUUUAUUGAAAGGGUUUUGAAAAUUCAGAACAUUCAUUGUACGUGUUCGAUCGGAAGAAGUAACUAUUUUAAAGGCGACAACAAUAAUGUGGACUAAUGAAUUAAUAUUUUUGUCAAAAAAUCCCAUUAUUUUGUAUGUAUGCAUAUGAUGUCCAAUUAUUAAUUUAUUUUCUGACAAUCAAUGAAAAAUUAAAUUAAAUUGUUUUAUCACCACUCUAUAAAUAAUUUAAUUUACAUAAUACGAACAAAAUAUGUCAUUAACACCGACUAACGACGGGCGGCAUGAAUGUUUCUGAUCUCUUGAAGCAAUGGUGACCGUGUGUCAGUAUUGGCCAUUCGUUAUAAAGUGUCUUGUGUCUUGUAUGUAUGUUUUGUGACGUGACUGUAUUUCUUCCAAUUAACUAAUAAUUUAGAAGGUUAUUGGAAAUCUAACACUUCCUUAACGAUGCUGUCAUGUAAAAACGAUAUUAGCUAUUACCUAUUUGUCACAUUGUUCGAUAGACAUUGGUGUAAUUUUUUUAAUAUUUCACAAUUUGACCCACAUAUUCGCCAUAAAGUCCACUAGAAUCAUCAUCAUAUAGUUUGUAUGUAUGGACACGAUUUUGUUCAUUUUUGGCACAGAUGCACUCAAGUAGAUAUCCUUUGAAUUUAUUUAGAAUAUUUAAGAGAUUUAAGUAUGUAUAUUUUCGGUAAAAGAAGGUCACAAGCACUGAGGUGUUGAUAUGUUUUGAGUUCAAUUUCGAUGAUUUUAAGAUGGGUGAUGUCACACUAGAAACGCAAUAUGUGUGUAAAGUUUUGUUCCGAUAUCACCACUGGUGCUUAAUUUACAGAUUGCUAAGUGAACGAAUUAAAUGGUCUUCAAAAUUGUGUUAUAAGGUAAGUAGGCGUGGUUGUAAACCGAUUUCCUUUAAACUAUGCUAUAGGGAUGCCAAGGAAAUGUUACGAACCAAAUUUUGUUGAAAUUGGUCGAGUAGUUUCUUAGCUAUCGCUUACACGGACAGACGGAUAGACAUCCGGAUUUCAACUCUACUCGUCACCCUAAUCACUUUAGUGAUAUAAACAAACAUUGGGUGAACAUGUUGCAAGAGUAUAAAAAUGUAUAUGAAGUUUUUCAACGCGAAGUGAGAUAGAAAACCACACAUAUGUACCUACAAUGUACAUGCACACUACAAUGGUGCAUUAUGGCAAGCGUCGAGUCGUAACAUUUGUGUAUAAAUUCUAUGUUUACAGCUUUAACGCUGUACAUUGUUUGGGGAAAAGACGAUCUAAUUCAGUUUUAGCAUUUAGCACAUUUUAGAAAUAUAAUGAAAUGUCAAGAGAAUGAUGAAUUCUACGGCUGAAGCGAAGUUUAUUUAAAGGACAUACAAGAUCGCUGCAAAACUGUUCAGUAUUACUUAUUAAGAGAAAUGUAAGUUACUUAGUAAGUUUAACUGUAAGCAUUCAGGAUUCAAUAUUAUAUAUGUAUAUCGUACUGAAACAAUUAAAAUAUUGCGCCAUAGAAUUAAAAGCAUAACUACCACGAAAUUGUCAUAUGCAUUCUUCU